AAAGUUAUUGCUAAUAUCAGCGCAAAUAAGUGAUAUUUAUUGACUGUCUACGAUAGCUGAGGAUUCAUUUAGGCGCUAGGAGAAGAAAGAAAGAUUCAAAAGCGUAAAAACAUCGAGAGCUUACGUCAACAGUGUCGCUGCUGAAAGUUCCCAUAACAGUAGGAUAUACAGUUAGCAGACGAACGGGGGCGUAGUCUCUCUCACACGGAUCGGAUUGCGGAAUUCGGUCCCAUACGACGACGAGGCAAUCGUGGCACACGUACAAUUCCGGGGGACAAUGGAUCACCAUCACAAUUCGGACUUCCAUCGCAGCUCGAAUUCCCUUGAUUCCGAUUCCAAAUCCAGCUCGCUCAACUCCAAACACGGAAUGGACACCAUUGUGGCAAACGAAUCAUCUUUCACCUAUCUGUCCGGUGAGAACAUGCAGGACAUCAAGAACGACGUCUCGUAUAUCUGCCCGUACAGUGGUCCGGUAGUUGGAACACUGACCAUCACCAACUACCGGCUGCAUUUUCGAUCUCAGCCGUCUAGCGACAAGGAUCCGGUCGUUAUUGUAGACUGCCCGUUGGGGGCCGUAAGUCGAAUCGAAAAGGUCGGAGGAGCCAGCUCCCGGGGAGAGAAUUCCUACGGCAUUGAUAUUUUCUGUAAGGACAUGCGUAACCUUCGGUUCGCCCAUAAGCAGGAAAAUCACUCGCGGAGGACCGUUUUCGAGAAGCUGCAGUCAUACGCAUUUCCACUUGCAAGCGGUAAUCAACUUUUUGCAUUUAACUACAAGGAAAAGUUCACCGAAGACGGAUGGAGUGUGUACGAACCUGUGGCCGAACUCCGACGCAUGGGAGUUAACAGUGCCAACAAUGACACUUGGCGCAUCACUCGGAUCAACGAAAAGUACGAAAUAUGCGACAGCUACCCAUCGGUUUGGGCUGUCCCGAAGUCAGCUAAAGACGACCUGAUCAAGCAAGUAGCCAACUUUCGGUCCCGUAACCGUCUUCCGGUUCUAUGCUGGAUCCAUCCGAAGUCGCUGGCCACCAUAACCCGUUGCUCGCAGCCCCUUGUCGGAGUCAGUGGCAAACGGAACGAUGCCGAUGAAACAUUCAUCAACUGCAUAAUGGAGGCAAACGCACAGUCCGAUAAGUUGUCCAUUUUUGACGCUCGGCCCAAUGCAAAUGCUAUUGCAAACAAGGCCAAGGGUGGCGGUUACGAAUCGGAAGACGCUUACAAAAAUGUCGAGCUGACAUUCUUGGACAUCCAUAACAUUCACGUAAUGCGAGAAAGUUUGCGGAAGCUGAAGGAAAUUUGUUUUCCGGCCAGCGACGAUCAGAAGUGGCUGUCUGCAGUCGAGAGCACCCUCUGGUUAAAACACAUCAAGUGCAUUCUGGCCGGGGCAGUGAGGAUUGUGGAUCGGAUAGAAAACAUGCGAAUGUCGGUGGUAGUACACUGUUCCGAUGGAUGGGAUCGUACCUCGCAGCUAACAGCCCUAGCAAUGUUGCUACUGGAUCCAUACUAUCGCACACUGAAAGGUUUUCAGGUCCUGAUCGAGAAAGAGUGGCUAAGCUUCGGACACAAAUUUGCACAGCGUAUUGGCCACGGAGACAACCAUCACUCUGAUGCGGAUCGAUCGCCGGUAUUUUUGCAGUUCAUCGACUGCGUGUGGCAGAUCACCAAACAGUACCCGCAUGCCCUAGAAUUCAAUGAGUAUUUCCUGAUCACCAUCUUGGACCAUCUUUACUCCUGUCGGUUCGGAACGUUCCUGUUCAAUACGGAGCGAGAACGUGUUGACAAAGACCUGAAAAACAAAACCGUCUCGCUGUGGUCGUUCAUAAACUCGACCCACGAACAGUACCGGAACCCACUGUACGGUGGCCGGAACAGCGCUAUUCAGACAGUUCUGAAACCGGUGGUCAGCAUGCGUCACAUUCGCCUCUGGAAGGGCCUAUACUGUCGCUGGAAUCCGAGUAUGCGUGCUCAGGAUCCCGUUUAUCAACGCACCCGGGAACUGUUGGCAUUGCAAGAGCAGCUGAUGAAGCAGGUCGAAGAUUGUCGGUUGGAAAAGACGGGAAAUCAGCAACAGGGCAACCGGACUCAUCUGCAACAGAACCGGCUGACAUCUCCGUUACACUAAAAGAUGAUGAUCAAUUUGUUUUCCUAAACUAUCUACACAUUUAUUAGCAUUGAAAGUAGCGUGAAUGAUGUGUGAACAAGCGAGGCCGAUAUUAUUUGUUGACCGCAUUCUUCGGAGUGAAUUUGUUAGAAACUGAUAGCUCAGAACAAAGUAUUUUCUUUAUUAUGCUAGAGAUUUAGUCUGAGUUGAGGUAAAAGAGUUUUCGGAAAACUAAUCAACUCACUACUAGUUGGAGUGCAUGAGAAUCCCAAGUACGUGGGUGUGUGAUUGCGUUUAGCCCUUAGCCCUUAGAUUUGAAUUACCGAUAAGUGAGAAACUUUUGUAAAACAACCCUUCUGAAGGUUUAAACAAGUAUAUAAUCACAAAUACCUAGACCAAUGUUAAUUUGCCACCCCAGAUUAUUCUCUCUGGCCUCAAUUCGUUGCAUGCUACCUCUCAAAACCUUUCAGUAUAUGUACCUAUUUUCCUAUGGCUGGGUAGCAUACGGUUUUGUUUAACGUGCUUCCUUAUUACCAUAUUAGAAGAAGAUGCCUCUCUGACACAAAAAUACCAUCGCACACACGCAAAUCCUAUUAAGAGCAGUUGAGAUAGUGAUUAGGGGUUUGAUAAUCAGGGGCUCUGAAUUGGAAACUGUUUCUAACAGAUCAGCCUUGCCCUUUGAAACAUUUAGCCUUCCAUGCGUGGGGCGACAGAGGCACAUUUAAUGUAUGCAUUAUCUUUUACAUUUCCCCACCCACGCCGGCUGCCGAAGAGUUUCCUCAAAAAAAGGAUUAAAUAACCAACAAGAGCACACGUUUCGACACACACACACAAAAGCAACAAGUGAAUUUGUAUUAUCGAACCCAAAAGAAUAAAUAUGUUUUAAGCUAAA